CCACUAAUUAAAGAUAAGAACCCUGUGUGAAAAUUCCCAUGUAAAGCUUAAACCAAAAAGAAUGUCUAAAGUUUAAGCAACCCUUUGUUCCAAGUGAUACUAAUCUUCCUUCCCUUCUCUCCAUAUAGAAUAAUUAACCAUGUUUCAUCCAUUUGUUUUAUCAACCAAAGCCUUGUUCUUGCCAAAAAACAAAUUCAGACAAUGGCAGUUACUCAUGAUGAUCUUGCCCCGAGUCGUCGAGGCAUGGAUUUACGCAGCAGAACUGGUGCAGUUCUGAUGAUCAUUUCAGUUGUGUUUGGCCUAAUAUGCUUCAUUUUCUCCCUCAUUGCCGAGGCCACUCGUUCACAGGUGAAUUGGGCAAGCACAACUAAUGGCGACGCAGAGAAACAUGAGUGCACAUACAGCAGCAGUGGAAAAACGCCACUUUUUUGUGCUUGCGGUGCCUUUGGAGCCCUGGCAAUCGCGAUGAUUGUAGAACAUACUUACAUGCUCAUCGCAGUUAGUAAAUCUACUGAUUUGGUCACUUGGGAGCCUGAGUCCAACUCUGCGAAAAAUCUCACAUGGCAAGCUGCAUUUUUCUUUUUCACAACAUGGAUUUGCUUCGCGGUUGGAGAAAUAUUACUAUUAGUAGGAAUAAGUGUCGAAUCAGGACACUUAAAAAAUUGGUCGUCUUCAAGGCCCAACUGCCUCGUCCUAAAACAAGGUCUGUUUUUAGCUGCUGGAGUAUUCGGAUUAACAACAAUACUACUUGCUUCUGGUUUGUACAUAACAAUUUUACGCGUGCAAAAAUUGUUACUUGAAGAAGAGAUUGUGCGACGCCAGGCUUUAGAGGCGGCUAUGCUUUAUGCAUCCCCGCCAAGGUCACCAGGGCAUAGACUCGAAACGCUCAGAAACGAAAGUCCUGUAAUUAGACAGCACAAUGAACAUGAUUUGAGUCUGUAUAUUUCAGCAUUUAGCAAAAAUCUAAAUUUAAAUUCUGUAUAAACAUCAAGAGGGGUACAUUAAUUUUAUAUUUUAACCACAAUCUGAUAGAUCAUA